AUGAUCUGGGCUUGCAGGAAGAGGACUUCCAUCGUCUUUCAGCAGCACUGGCGCCGGACAGUCGACAACUCUUCGGCGCCGAGAAGUUGCGGCGGCUGCUGCAAUUGGCGGGGCAGGAGGCCAGGCGGUUCAUCCCCCGAACCGGCGAAGCUAAAUGGGUAA